UUUGAUGCUGCAAGCAAGCGAAUUAACGAACGCGUUUAUAUUGCUUAUUGUGAAGAUUUGUAACUUUUAACAAUAUUCGUUAACAUUAAGAUAUGACAUAUUAGUUUUAAAUUAGAAAGUUAAUAUUAUUUAAAAAAUGGACGGACCUCCCGGCACGGGAAAUACUAAUAAAGGUGGAUCGAUGGGUCCGCCAAACAUACCAAACUUUCCUCCAAUGCCGCCACCGCCGGGUGCAAUGGGCAAUAAUAGCAUGCCGCCUCCACCUGUUGGGCCUCCUGGCAGUAUACCACCAGUGACUUCUUCAGGUCCACCGAUUCCUCCUCCAGGAAUGGGGCCACCACCCGGUAUGAUUGGUAUGGGUCCACCUCCACCAGGUAUGGGACCGCCUCCUAAUAUGGGACCACCGCCACCUGGUAUGGGGCCACCUCCAGGAAUGGGUCCUAUGGGACCACCUGGCAUGGGACCGCCUCCUAAUAUAGGACCACCGCCGCCGGGCAUGGGGCCGCCUCCAGGGAUGGGUCCUAUGGGACCUCCCGGUAUGGGAGCACCUCCAAGGAUGCCACCUGGAAUGAUGAGAGGAGGACCAAAUAUGAAGGGUAAUUUUAAUCAAGGAAUGGAUAUGGGGCCUCCUGGUAUGGGACCUCCGCCAAACAUGCCACCUCCAGGUAUGGGUCAUGGCUCAUGGGAAGGGCAAGGACCCCCACCAGGAUGGAAUAGGCAAGGAAGGGGAGAUGGUGGUUCAGGAUGGGAUGAUCAUGAUGAUCAAGAAGAAGAAGAAGACAAUAAUGAAGAUAGUGGAGCUCAAAAGAGUGAACCGUUACCAUCUUUACUUACUAUGAAGAUUGAUACACCAGAAGAAUUCAGAAACAAACCAGCUCCAGUAGGAGGGGUGGUUUUGCCAAAAGCUUUGGAAGAAGCCCUGGCUUAUAAAGAUCAGAGACAAGCUGCAUUAGGAAAUGAAACAGAAAAGGAACCUGAACAAAAACAACCCAAAGCACCUCCCGCGCCUGUGAUCAGCACCGAGUAUGAUGCUGAGGAAGAUGAAGGUGAUUCUGACGAAGAGAAUAUUCCAGAAGCACCUCAACCACCAGUUAUAUCAAAACAAGAGGCUCAACCAAACAAAGUGAACAAGAAUAAGCGUAAAAAGAAGAAGAAGAAGGCUGCAAAACAAAAACGCAAAGAGGAGAAAUUGAAAGAAUCCCAGAAAAUUUCAAAUAAAGAUGAAUCUCAGUCAUCUAGUGACAAAGAAAAAAAAAAGGAGGCAGAGAUUGAAUAUGUGCAAGAGAGCAUUCAAUUCCACGAACUGGAGCCGAUGUAUCGUCAAUUCCAUCGUAUUCUAGAAGCUUUUAAGAUCACUGAGACCAAGGAGGAGGAAAUUAAAGAAGAGAUCAACAAGGAUCUGCCAAAGCCGAGCAAAUUGCUUGAAAAAGUCACUGAUCAAUUUGCCGCUGAUGAAGAGGCUGUUGAGAAACACGCCGCGGAAGAAAAGGAGCGUCUAUCGAAACGCAAACUGAAGAAACUGUCUCGUCUAUCAGUUGCUGAACUAAAACAGUUGGUACCGAGGCCAGAUGUCGUCGAGAUGUAUGACGUCACCGCCAGAGACCCCAAGUUGCUUGUGCAGCUCAAGGCUCACAGGAACACUGUUCAAGUGCCGAGACAUUGGUGUUAUAAACGGAAGUAUUUACAAGGUAAGCGUGGUAUAGAAAAGCCACCGUUCGAUCUACCCGACUUCAUCAAAAAGACGGGCAUUAUGGAGAUGCGUGCUUCCCUCCAAGAUAAAGAAGAGACUAAAACGCUGAAGGCAAAGAUGCGCGAACGCACGAGACCGAAGCUAGGCAAGAUCGAUAUUGAUUAUCAGAAACUUCACGACGCUUUCUUCAAAUGGCAAACGAAACCCCGCAUGACGAUCCACGGGGAUUUGUAUUACGAGGGCAAGGAGUUCGAGACCCGGCUGAGGGAGAAGAAGCCGGGUGAUCUGUCGGAGGAGCUCCGCACUGCGCUCGGUAUGCCUGUUGGACCGGGAUCUCAUAAGGUGCCGCCCCCUUGGCUGAUAGCCCAACAACGUUACGGCCCUCCUCCCUCAUACCCCAACCUCAAGAUACCCGGGUUAAACGCACCCAUACCGGAGGGUUGUGCGUUCGGGUACCACGCGGGCGGGUGGGGCAAACCCCCCGUUGAUGAGACCGGGAAGCCCCUGUAUGGGGAUGUGUUUGGGCACCAUUCGGCUGGACACGAUGACAAUGAAGACCAAGACAUUGAUAGAACUCUUUGGGGUGAAUUAGAAUCCGAAUCUGAAGAGGAAUCAGAGGAAGAGGAAUCAGACGAAGGGGAGAAGAUGGGAGAAAGUGACGUGGCCACCGGAGUAGCCACCCCCGGCGAGGGUCUGGUCACACCGCUGGGCAUCACCUCCGUUCCACCCGGUCUGGAGACGCCAGACACUAUCGAGCUGAGGAAGAAGAAGCUGGACGCUGAUAUGGAGGGUGGUGAGACUCCAGCCCUGUAUCAAGUGUUGCCAGAGCGACGCGUGGGCUUGACAGCAGGAAUGAUGGCGUCCACUCACGUGUAUGAUAUCAAUGCUGCGAAUCCGGGCAAAUCCCGCGCGUCCGGCGAGACGAGCAGCGGCGUGGCCGCCGGCGCUGUAGAAGUGGCGCUCGACCCGUCGGAGCUCGAGUUGGAGCCCGAGGCGGUGGCGGCGCGCUACGAGCGGCACCUGCGCGACCAGCGCCCCGCCAAGCAGGAGGACCUGUCCGACAUGCUCGCGGACCACGUCGCGAGGCAGAAGAACAAAAGAAAGCGGCAACAGAAUACAGACUCAAAACAAGCGAAGAAAUAUAAGGAAUUCAAAUUUUAAAUUUUAUCAUCAAUUUAAGAAUAAUGCAGUUACAGUUCUAUGCAUUUAAGAUGGAAAUACAAUUAUGACAUUGAUGUAUUCAAGUUUUCAUCGUAAUAUGAAAUAUAGACUAAUCUUACCUUAAAAAUAAAUAAGUGAAAAUGA